AUGACGCUCGGAGGACUCGAUCUUGAAGUAAUGAGCGCUAAGGCCGCGCGCCUAUACGACAAGGCCGUGGUGGUUGCCCGAGUCGGCUUCCACUGGGGCUUCAUCCCGUUCAUCAUCUUCCUCGGCGUCCGAUCCAUGAGGCGAGAGCAGAGCUGGCUGUCCCUCCUCGUUCCCACCCCCUACCUUCAAGCUUAA